AUGUCGUUACGGAGCUCUGAUAUCGCCUCCGUUACUCUACCCUCGCUCGAUCCCCCAGGAGAGAAGCAUGACCUACCUCCUCCUUACAAUCAACCUCCGUUCAAGCGCGGGCCGUUGACCGACGAAGCGAUUGAACGCGUCUCUAUCAUGAACCCACUGCCGAGGCUUCAUCGCAGUUUGAUACCAGACUUGAAUGAAACAUGGAAGCCUCCCGUUCUCUUAUACGGCUGGUCGACUCGGAUUGGCGACCUUUUGCCCAUGCUCCUCGAAUACGCCGAAGAACAUCAACUCUUAGUCUACGGCGGUGGAUCCACAAAACCUCCCUCGCGUUCUGGGGACUCCGACGACAGCGACAGCGACGUCGAGAGUGUGCACUGGGGCGACACGGACGAAGAAGACGACCAGGAGGAAGAGGAGCGAUACGUCGAGAAGUACAGCUCUGCGCAGUGCUUUCCGUUCACUGUUUGGUACGCGCUGCACUAUCCAGACAAGAUGGUGAUAUGCAUCUACUCGAACUACGAGCUGGGCUGGCCAAUCUCCCAUGCCGACAUUGAGAAGAUGCAGAAGCGACUCGGGAUCCAGGAGGCGCCUGCAUGCCGUACACGACAUGAACUAUUGAGUGGCUUGGCUUACUCCUAA